ACCUCUGCGGCUGCCCUGACCAAAUCGCCCGUACGGAUACCGACCACAUCGCACACAUCCCAUCCUUCCAGAAAUGCCAGAUGCACUACGAACCCCUCUGGAAGCAGCGAAUGCACGAGCAAUAUGACUUGCACAAACCCGAACCCGCCCAUCUGAGACGAUAUCAGCGUGCUGCCGUUCCCCUGCUAUUCGCCACUUGAUGGAGGCGCGCGUGUAUCUGCCUCCAUCUACCCUCCGGGAAAGGAGACAGCGGUUGAUGGAUCCCAAGUAGAAUCCACUCAGCGCCUCGCAUAUGAACCGAAACAGGAGCAUGAUGCAGAGAUUCAGGGAUCAAGGCCGCACUUGGGAAGCCGCCAAGCAAAUGUGGCAAGGGGACGACGAAACCACCGCCGCCCGGCCGCCGCUCAAAGUGAGGAGGAGCAGACCCGAGAGUGACAAUAUCGCCCAGUCAAGGCGGAAGCUGAAAGCACUUAAACUGCAAGGCCUGGUACGCGAGCAGCGCAGUCGCCGCACCGAGCCGCGAGAUGGUGGCAGUAGCCUCGAGAAGAUAACGGAGGUGCCCUCCUCCACCCAACCAGCGCCACUGUCUUUGUUUUUGCUCGCUUCAUCGAACCACCAGGACCAAGACACGUCAGCCGAGUUCGCACCGAAUGCAUUUGAUGGUGAGGAAGAUGACAGAGACGAAGAGGACGAGGAUGUUUCAGCAAGUCCCACCUACUCCGGCCCAACCUCACAACAAUCAUCACGAUCCUCUCCCGGCUCCCCAUCGUCACCGAUCUCUCAAGGCACCAACAUAGUGCUCCCUCCUGAGUCUGAAACAGGGCCUAACCCAGCACACCCGCUCGUCCAACACUGUCUAGACACGCUCUCCCUAACAGACCAAGCGGCUCAAGCCUCCCUCCGACCAUCUCCCCGUCCCACAAAACAAAGCACACCAACCUCAGGAUCACCGACUUCCACCCUUCCCCCAUCCCAACCCAACAGCAGCACCGCCUCAACCAACACUAGCCGCGAUCACUUCAAAUCACUGUCCUGGCUCCUCGAGGAGCAAGACGUGGACCUGUACGCCCUAUACGGCUACCAGUGGCGCUCAUGCCCUCCACCGCCGCCGCUCGAGCGCCACCGCGGAGACGGCACCGCACGAUAUCCCGUCUUUGACGGGUACACGCAUCGGGGGCACCAUCACGGGGCAUACAAGCUGGAUGAGCAGGUCUUGUGCCAGGCGCGAGUGGCUAACUGGCGGGGUCUGGUGGUCGAUCGGGCGUGGUGGUGGACGAGGAUGGUGGGUGCUUGGUUUCCGGAUGGGUUUGCGUCAGGGCGGUUGGGGAGGGGGUUGAGUAUGUAGUAAGGAACUUAGGUAGAGUAGGGGGUAAGGGUCUUGUGUAGGUAAGUAAAUGCUUAG